UGACAUUUUUAAACUGUGAAGAACUUCUCUGUGCCAUUUUCUAGGCUCCUGGAGCUGGAGAGCUGUCAGUUCUUGGAAAUAACUUCUGUGGUUCUAGACAUUUGUACUUUAUAGAUGAGGAGACGGGCUCAGGGAGGUUAAGUUACUCCCUCAAGGUCACACAGCUGGAGUGUAGAAAACACAUGAUCUCAAUUCUAGGUUCAAUUUUGUUUUGCUUUGUUUUGUUUCCACCCCAGCAGACAUUUUAAAGGUAGGAAAUGCAAAAUUCUGAGCACUCUCUGGGGGAUUGGAGGAGUGGGUGGGGACAGAGAAUGGGUUAUCUUAUUUGCCUAUCCUGUCUGUGGGUGUGAUUCUGCAACCAAAGCCAAUUCUGGCUUCUUCUCUAGACGGUCUUGGUCUCCUUUUAUCAAGUGGGCUUGACUGUAGCUAAGUAAUUCUACUUUCUCAUGUGUUAGACUGUCCCACUCAGUCCUCCAACAGCAGGUGAGUGCGUGCUGCUCGCAUGGGCCCAAGACUCUAGCAAUCUCCCUAGGUAGUUUCUGUAAAACCAGGCAGACAGAUGAUCCCUGGGCAGCCUCUCUUUAUCUCAUUAACCCUGGUGGUACCAGGAGGCACCUGACAUUCUAAUAGUUUGGUGCCAGCAAGUUUCUGUUAUCCUCCAGUUGUAAUUGUUAACUUGAAUGGAAUGCAAAACUUCUGGUUUGGAGCAGAGUUGGGUCUUAACUGUGAAUAACUUGAAGGAUAUGGAAAAUGGGAAGUAUCUUUGGUUAUUGUGGAGGAUGGUUUAUGAGCACUUUUUUGAGUUGCAUUUUCUCGGAUAAAUAGGAAUAUGUGGUCAAUGUGGAGAUGCUACUGCGUCUACGUAUUCGCCAGUGAACUCCACCUUUUAUUAACUCUUGCCUUUGGCAGUUUUUUAGCUCGGCAAGCCAAGACUUGUUUGGGGAUUAGAACAAUGAGCUUAUCAUAAUGCCACCUUAAAAAAAAUUGCUGUAACACUUCCAGUGUCAAGGUUUAUUUCUAUGAGCCCUUCCUGCAACUCCGCCCCCACCACCUGAAAGUUUGACAUUUUUCCCCCUUAAGGGGAAGUGUGGAAAUAGAGCCUGCUUGUUCAUUUUCAUUAUUGUACAUUACAUGAUAUCUUUUCGACCAUUAUAUUGUGUUCCCUCAAUGGUGUUUGCUCUGAGGGUGGGACACAAGCCUGUUUAGUGUCUCGUAAAACAUUUACCAAAAGCACUGAGCCAUGGUUUUGAAGGGCAUUCCGUUGCCAGAGUGUGGGAGGAGAGAGCAAGCAGGGAAAGAGAGCGCCAGGUGCUUAGCAGGAUUUGCCUUAAAGGACACGCCAAAAAUUGAACAGAGAAAUCCCAAGGAAGCUGCCUGAAUUCACCUGUAUACUCUCGUUCUGCAUCUUAUAAAGGACCAGACAAAUCACAUUCGUGGUUUUGGUUUCCGCCAGCUGUGGAUGCCUUUGACAUUAUGACCGCAGAGGAUUCCACCGCAGCCAUGAGCAGUGACUCGGCCGCUGGGUCCUCGGCCAAGGUGCCCGAGGGCGUGGCGGGCGCGCCCAACGAGGCAGCACUGCUGGCGCUGAUGGAGCGCACGGGCUACAGCAUGGUGCAGGAGAACGGGCAGCGCAAGUACGGCGGCCCACCGCCCGGCUGGGAGGGCCCGCACCCGCAGCGCGGCUGCGAGGUCUUCGUGGGCAAGAUCCCGCGCGACGUGUACGAGGACGAACUGGUGCCCGUGUUCGAGGCUGUGGGCCGCAUCUACGAGCUGCGCCUCAUGAUGGACUUCGACGGCAAGAACCGCGGCUACGCCUUCGUCAUGUACUGCCACAAGCACGAGGCCAAGCGCGCAGUGCGCGAGCUCAACAACUACGAGAUCCGCCCGGGUCGCCUGCUAGGCGUGUGCUGCAGCGUAGACAACUGCCGCCUCUUCAUCGGCGGGAUCCCCAAGAUGAAGAAGCGCGAGGAGAUCCUGGAGGAGAUCGCCAAGGUCACCGAGGGCGUGCUGGACGUGAUCGUCUACGCCAGCGCGGCCGACAAGAUGAAGAACCGUGGCUUCGCCUUCGUGGAGUACGAGAGCCACCGCGCGGCUGCCAUGGCUCGCCGCAAGCUCAUGCCCGGCCGCAUCCAGCUGUGGGGCCACCAGAUCGCCGUGGACUGGGCCGAGCCCGAGAUCGAUGUGGACGAGGACGUGAUGGAGACGGUGAAGAUCCUCUACGUGCGCAACCUCAUGAUCGAGACCACAGAGGACACCAUCAAGAAGAGCUUCGGCCAGUUCAACCCUGGCUGCGUGGAGCGCGUCAAGAAGAUCCGCGACUACGCCUUCGUGCACUUCACCAGCCGCGAGGAUGCCGUGCACGCCAUGAACAACCUCAACGGCACUGAGCUGGAGGGCUCGUGCCUGGAGGUCACGCUGGCCAAGCCCGUGGACAAGGAGCAGUACUCGCGCUACCAGAAGGCAGCCAGGGGUGGCGGUGCGGCCGAGGCGGCGCAGCAGCCCAGCUACGUGUACUCCUGCGACCCCUACACGCUGGCCUACUACGGCUACCCCUACAACGCGCUCAUCGGGCCCAACAGAGACUACUUCGUGAAAGCAGGCAGCAUAAGAGGCCGAGGGCGAGGUGCAGCUGGCAACAGAGCCCCGGGGCCCCGGGGUUCCUACCUCGGGGGAUAUUCUGCUGGCCGUGGUAUAUAUAGCCGAUAUCAUGAAGGGAAAGGAAAGCAGCAAGAAAAAGGAUAUGAACUUGUGCCGAAUUUGGAAAUCCCUACCGUCAACCCAGUUGCCAUUAAACCUGGUACAGUAGCCAUCCCUGCCAUUGGGGCCCAGUAUUCCAUGUUCCCAGCAGCUCCAGCCCCUAAAAUGAUUGAAGAUGGCAAAAUCCACACAGUGGAGCACAUGAUCAGCCCCAUUGCUGUGCAGCCAGACCCAGCCAGUGCUGCUGCCGCCGCAGCUGCCGCAGCCGCAGCCGCAGCCGCCGUCAUUCCCACCGUGUCGACGCCACCGCCUUUCCAGGGCCGCCCAAUAACUCCAGUAUACACGGUGGCUCCAAAUGUUCAGAGAAUUCCCACUGCCGGAAUCUACGGGGCCAGUUACGUGCCAUUUGCUGCUCCGGCCACAGCCACAAUCGCCACACUACAGAAGAACGCGGCAGCCGCGGCCGCCGUGUAUGGAGGAUACGCAGGCUACAUACCUCAGGCCUUCCCUGCUGCUGCCAUUCAGGUCCCCAUCCCCGACGUCUACCAGACAUACUGAGGCUGGUGACCAGCGCGAAGACAAACCACACGAACACCACUGAAGGAACGCUUGACUAUUUAUGAAGAAGGAACCUGUUGAAUUCGCACAUGCAAUCUGAAAGUGAAGAAUGUUCGCAGAUUUAUUUCUGACAUAUUUUAUAUACAUGAAGUUUUCACUAGUUUUUUAAGACUAUUUUCAACUUAGCAGGCCUGCGUUUAUACAUUUCCAAAAGACUUGUAAUGGUUCGUGCCUUCAUACCAUCUUUUAAAAAUUUGUAUGCUGUACUACAUUUGUAUAGAGGAUUUUGUUGUUGUUUUUUUUUUAAGGAUAUAUUUUCAGUAUGAAGGUUAUUUUCUUAACUUCUGCACUCCAGAGAUUUCUAUUUUGUAGUACCUUCAAUAAUAUAUCAACUAUAUAUUAAAAAAGCACACUUGAGCAGCUAGGGAACUAUUUUGAAAAAUAUAUACAAUAUUUAAAGAUACAAACAGUAGUGCUUAAAAAUACUACAUAAAACAUUAUUUUAAAGGUUAUACUGGAAAGUGCAAUUUUAAAAUGAGUAAAAUCUUUGUAUUUCUGCUGGCAUUAAGGGUUGAUGGUGUUACCAUGUAUCAUCAUGGCGGUACUAUUUUUUAAAAGAAACACUGAAUCUCCCCUUAAGCCAACAUUGAAAAGACUUGCCACACUUCUGAGUCCAAACACUGGAAAGCUCUCCUUUGCCACCAUUAGCGGGGCUCAUUCUCCAUGUGCCUUAACCUUACACAUGCCCCCACUAUCCCAUCUCUCACCCUGUCCCCUCCUCCCCAAAUUCCCAGUCCCUCCACAAUGUUUGGCCAGCCUAGGACUGAUGAAUAGCUCUGAAAGAGAGAGGAGCUGGUGGCUUUUAUACUUCUUCCUGGGUUUUUGUUGGGGUUUGUUGUUUCGUUGUAUGUUUUUUGUUUUGUUUUGUUUUGGUUGGGGAAGUAUUAUCUUCUAUGUGUGCUAUUUUCAGCAGCAGAGUAAGUACAAGGUUUUAAUCGAGCUGCAUUAGACACCUUUGCCUAGCUAUUUAAUUGCCCAAUAUAAAACUUUAAUGCCAUUUCUAAUGCUUUUAUUCAUUUUUGAAGUAUGAGUUUGUAGGGACAAAGAAUGUAUGUUAUCAUAGACAAGACCCCCAGAGACUCUUGUCAGCAGAAAGUUAUGCUUCUAGUUGCCUUACCAUGUUUCAUGCAAAACUGUCCGUGGUCCUCAAGGGUGUUGGAAACAUUUUGUUUAUUAAAUCUCUCUUCCCUUGCUGUGCACUUGAUGGGUGAACUGAAUUGGGGUGUGCACAUCCAGGAGGAGGAGGAGAGACCUGUAGAAGUUUAAAGAUAGUUUGUAAAUAUCUUCUAAUGCUUGUUUUUAGUCCUUUUAUGUUGCAGAAGUUCAUGGUAUGUAGUUUAAUGCAAAAUGAAACCAUUUUAUUUCAAUGUUAUUAAAAAGGUUUGUUUUAUUAGGAAGUUAAUGUAUUGUUGCAGUGUUUUGUGCCUGUUUAAAGGCUUUUGUUUAGCAGAGUGAAUGUAAAAUACAGUAAAAUGUUAAGAUUGUCAUCUACUUUAAAAAUAUGUAUAUCAACUUGGAAUUGUUUUUUAAAGGCUCAAUCAAGGAAGUGAGGUGUGCAAUAAGGUAGCAAGUACACAGUUGCGUUUUUAUGUCAUAUUAGAGAUCCAUACAAUCUUUCCACCAUGGGAUUUUUGUUGAUGGCUGAAUUCUUGUGGAUUCAUAAGAGGAUCAUGCCCUUAGCAAGUACUUUUGUUUUGUUUUAAAUUAAGAGAUUCCCAAAUGCCUUUUCCCCCCUCAUCUUGAGACGAGAUGAGUUUUUAUGUGUAAGCAAUAUUUAUUUAACUAUUCUAUAAAAUUAUUGAGUGCCUCCUGAGGCCUUUAAGCACCCCUAACAUUCCUUUCCAUCAUUCUUUUAAAUGACAUAAAGUAAUUGUGCAAUGUUCCUGAUGAUGUACCCCGCAAGCUGCAUUGAAACUCAAAUCUCUUGGAAUGAGUGACUCAACAAAAUGUAAUUUGAAUCAGAUCCUCAUCCCUUGACUAUGUGAAAAAAGUACUCUCCUUCUAGUGAAGGAUUGUCACAGAGUUUCACUGGAUGAAACCGUGACCCAGUGUUCUUACUGUAUUUUACGUAUGCCUGUAAAUUAUUUGUGAAGAAGAAGAAGAAGAGGAGAAGGAGGAGGAAGAGGAAGAGGAGGAAGGGGAAGAGAAAGGAAGGAAGGAAGGAAGGAAGGAAGGAAGGAAGGAAGGAAAGAAAAGAAAAAAAACAAUGAUACCUUAACAUGGCAACCACCAAACUCCCUUAAAAACAAAUGUUGGUGACAUAGCUAGUUAAGUAUCAGUGAGCCUCCAAUCUGGGACUUACCUGUUCCUAUUGUUUCAAAACCAUUUCACGUACACUACUGAGAUAAGUUUAUAACUUGAAAUGUGAACUUUUUUUUUUUUUUUUAGUGUUAAGAACAAACUAUAUAAAUGUAAAAAAAAAGUUUUAGAGUUCUGUUUUCAAACAUUGCUAGUGGUUUAGUUAACUUUAGCUGCUUUAUAUUUGAAAAGCUUUUAUUUAGAUCUUGCUCCAUUUACAGUACAUUCUUAGGAUGUAUGUAGUAAAUAAAGCUUUCUUUAAAGCAA